AUGAGUGAUGAAGAUGAUGAUAAAGCGAAAAAAGAUAUGAUUGAACAAUGUCGAUCAUAUUAUAGUGAUAAUCAAAGUCAAUUAGAUAUUAUUGAUCAGUUUAAAAAAGAAUAUCUAUCUGAUCAAGCUAUUAAAUGGUAUACUAGAGAUGCAUUUGUUUAUCGUUUACUUAAUCGAGCUUUUCGAACUGAAAAUAUUGAUAUUAUUUAUAUAUUUCGAUUUUUUGUUAAAAAUUUAUAUCAACAAUUACAACGAUUACAUAAAGAAUUUGUUGAAUUAGUACGACAAUGUGAAAUAACAAAUAUUAUACUUUAUCGUGGUCAAGCAAUGAAAUUGGAUGAAUUAGAAAAAAUUAAAUGUAAUUCAACUGGUUUUGCUUAUUUAAAUACAUUUUUAUCAACAACAAUGGAUAAGGAAGUAGCUAAAGUGUAUGCUACUGUCGAACAAAACCAAUCAGAUUUAGUGUCAGUUCUGUUUGAAUUAAGUAUCGAUAUUGACAUUUUUCAAAAACCAUUUGCGGAUAUCAGACAACAUAGUUAUAUGAAAGAUGAAUCUGAAAUACUUUUAUCAGCAGGAACACAAUUUCAAGUUGUUUCUAUCGAAGAAAUCGAUCAGAUUUGGUAUAUUUAUUUAACAACAAUAAAUGAUGAUCAAGAAAAUAGUAAUAAUCAAUUAAGACAAUUUGAGUAUUACUUAAAGAACACUAUAAAACCGGUAACAACAAUGAAAACCUUCAUUCAUUAUUUAUAUCUGAUGGGUGAAGAUAUUAAAUCGAAUCAAUAUAAAUUACUAUUGAAAACACAAGAAUGUUCGUGUAUAGAAGAAUUAGAAAAACGGAUUGAUACAAACAAUACAAACAUUGAUACAUUAAUAGAGAUUUAUCAAUGUAUUGGUGCGAAGUAUUUUCAAGUUGAUGAUUUUACAUCUGCAUUGAGAUAUUUUGAAAAAAUUAUCGAACUAAUGAAAGAUGAAGAUACUUCAGCAAUAUUGGAUAAAGCUCAUCAAAUUGAUAUGUUUCAUCAAAUGGGUAUUAGCUAUUUUCGUCAGAAUGAGUAUCAUCAAUCGUUAAAAUAUUUUCAAAAUGCAUUAGAAAUUUAUUUUCAAUUAGCACCAAACAAUAAUAUAAUAUUGAAAAAUCUUCUUUCAACUUUAACAGAUGUAUAUUUUUCUCUUGAGAAUUAUGGUGAAGCUUUAACAUCUGCAAAAAUGACAUUAAAUAUUUAUUUAGAACAUUUUCCAAAAGAUCUUCUUGAUAUUUGUUUUCAAUACGAGCGUAUCGGUAUCAUUUAUGCUAAACUUGACCAUUAUCAAGAGGCAUUCAAUAAUCUAGAAAAAGCUCUUCAACUUUCGAAUAUUCUACCGGUGAAUAAUCAUUUUAUUGUAGAUACUUACUAUUCAAUUGCAUCAAUUUGUAGAAAGCUAAAUGAAAAUGAUAAAGCCAAGUUUUAUACUGAAAAAGCCAAUGAUGUUAUGCUUAAUUCAAAAUAUUUGAAAAAUUCACAAAUAAAAACAAAAUCAAUUAAUGAAAACAUGUUAAUGAUCAUUAGAAAACGAGCAAAAUAUGAUGAUCGAGUAAAAUAUUCACUAGAAAAUGUUAUUGAUAUUGCGUUACUCCAUGAAAAAGAAGGAAAUAAUCAAAAAGCAAUAAAAUAUUUCCAGGAAGCUGUUGAUAUAAUUAAAGAUAAUUUAAAUUCAGACGAGAAUCGUACAACAACAGUAUCUCUUUUAAAUCGUCUAGGUGAUAUGUAUCAUUUGAUUGGAUGUAUAAAUGAAUCCUUGGUGUAUUAUUUAAAAGCAUUAGAUAUUUGUCCAUCAAAAAACUAUCAACAAAUUGCCUACAGUUCAGUUGGUAUUGGAAAUAUAUAUUUAGAAGAAUUAUUUAAUAAUGAACAAGCAUUAAUAUCUUAUAAAAAAGCUUUAGAAAUGAAAUUAAAAUAUUUAGACGAAACCAAUGCCGAAAUUAUUGAUUUGUACGAUACAAUUGGGGGUGUUUAUCUAGCAUCAAUGGCAAAUGAAGAUAAUCAGCUAUAUAAUGGACAAAUGGCAUUGAACUAUUUUCAUAGUAUCCUACAAAUAUAUCAAAAAAACCAAAUAUCUUAUGAUAGGCUUAUUUUAGAUGUUUAUAUUGAAAUAGGUGAUGUUUAUCGAUGUAUGAAAGAACAUCAAUUAGCAAUAGACAAUUAUAAACAAGCGAUUGAUAUAGCUUUAACAUUAAAUGAUGAUGAAGAAAAAAAUCCUGUAGUUUUAAAACAACUGUACAUCGAUAUUGGAUUAUUACAAUAUAUUUUAUUUAAACAAACUGAUGAGAUACUGCAUAAUCAAAAUGCAUUAAUCACUCUUGAGCAAGCUACACUAAUACAAACAAGCUAUUCUUUGCAGGAAGACUCACAAUUUAUUUUAGUAUUUAAAAUGUUAGGUGAUUUAACCUAUCAUUCAAAUAAUGAUUUAAGAGCUUUAAAUUAUUAUCAAAAAGCUAUCGAUUGUGAAAAAAGAGCUCAAAGACCGUUUGAUGAAUUAUAUAUAAAAGAAAUACUUGAUUUAUAUUUAUAUGCUGGUUUAUUAUUUCACAGGUUGGAUAAUAUUGAUUUAGCAUUUGAAUGUUGGAAUAGAGCUAGUCAAUAUAUUCUUGAUGAUUCGACAUAUUCAAAUAUAUACCAAAAACUACAAGUGAUUUUUGAUAAAGCUUCUCAUUUACAUGCACUGAAAUAUAAAGAACAAGUAACAUUCUUUUGA